GGCGGCGGCGGCGUUGCCUCGGAGUUGUGCCCGACGCCUGCGGAUGUUGCAGUGAACCAUGUCGACAUCCAUGGGACGGUCAUGGCUUGCCCUGUGCUUCCCCCCGGUCUGCGUCAUGCUGAACCCCGGUGUCCUGUUGGGGCUCGCUGCGCUAGCCGUCACGUUCACGCUCACUGAGGGUCAGGCCCAGCACCCCGUCGUCAACACCAACUACGGCAAAAUCCGUGGCCUAAGAACACCCUUGCCCAAUGAGAUUUUGGGUCCAGUGGAGCAGUACCUGGGGGUGCCGUACGCCUCGCCUCCCACGGGGGAGAGGCGAUUUCAGCCCCCAGAACCCCCCUCCUCCUGGACUGGGGUCCGGAACGCCACCCAGUUUGCCGCUGUGUGUCCCCAACACCUGGACGAGAGGUCUCUCUUGCACGACAUGCUUCCCAUAUGGUUUACUGCCAAUCUGGAUACUUUAAUGACCUACGUUCAAGAUCAAAACGAAGACUGCCUUUAUCUCAACAUCUACGUGCCCACCGAGGAUGGAGCCAACACAAAGCAACACGCAGAUGGUAUAACCAGUAAUGACGAUGGUGAAGAUGAAGACAUCCACGAUCAGAGCAGUAAGAAACCCGUGAUGGUCUACAUCCAUGGCGGCUCGUACAUGGAGGGCACCGGCAACAUCAUCGACGGCAGCAUCCUGGCCAGCUACGGCAACGUCAUCGUCAUCACUGUCAACUACCGGCUCGGCAUUUUGGGGUUUUUAAGUACCGGAGACCAGGCGGCCAAAGGCAACUACGGGCUCCUGGACCAGAUCCAGGCGCUGCGGUGGAUCGAGGAGAACGUCGGGGCCUUUGGCGGCGAUCCCAAGCGCGUGACGAUCUUCGGCUCCGGCGCAGGAGCCUCCUGCGUCAGCCUCUUGACCUUGUCCCACUAUUCAGAAGGCCUGUUCCAGAAAGCCAUCAUCCAGAGCGGGACCGCCCUGUCCAGCUGGGCCGUGAACUACCAACCGGCCAAGUACACCCGGAUAUUGGCAGACAAGGUCGGCUGUAACAUGCUGGACACCACGGACAUGGUGGAGUGCCUUCGGAACAAGAACUACAAGGAGCUCAUCCAGCAGACCAUCACCCCCGCCACCUACCACAUCUCCUUCGGCCCUGUCAUCGACGGCGACGUCAUCCCCGACGACCCCCAGAUCCUGAUGGAGCAGGGCGAGUUCCUCAACUACGACAUCAUGCUGGGCGUCAACCAGGGCGAGGGCCUGAAGUUCGUGGACGGCAUCGUGGACAACGAAGACGGCGUGACGCCCAACGACUUCGACUUCUCCGUGUCCAACUUCGUGGACAACCUGUACGGCUACCCGGAGGGCAAAGACACCUUGAGGGAGACCAUCAAGUUCAUGUACACGGACUGGGCGGACAAGGAAAACCCGGAGACGCGCCGGAAAACCCUGGUGGCCCUGUUCACCGACCACCAGUGGGUGGCCCCCGCGGUGGCCACCGCCGAUCUUCAUGCCCAGUACGGGUCUCCGACCUACUUCUACGCCUUCUACCACCACUGCCAGAGCGAGAUGAAGCCCAGCUGGGCGGACUCAGCCCACGGCGACGAGGUCCCCUACGUCUUCGGCAUUCCCAUGAUUGGCCCCACGGAGCUGUUCAGCUGCAACUUCUCCAAGAACGACGUGAUGCUCAGCGCGGUGGUCAUGACCUAUUGGACAAAUUUCGCCAAAACCGGUGACCCCAAUCAGCCCGUGCCUCAGGAUACCAAGUUCAUCCACACCAAGCCCAACCGCUUUGAGGAGGUGGCCUGGUCCAAGUACAACCCCAAAGACCAGCUCUACCUGCACAUCGGCCUGAAACCCCGGGUGCGGGACCACUACCGCGCCACCAAGGUCGCCUUCUGGCUGGAGCUGGUGCCCCACCUGCACAACCUGAACGAGAUAUUCCAGUACGUCUCCACCACCACCAAGGUCCCGCCUCCUGACAUGACAUCCUUUCCCUACGGGACCCGGCGCUCCCCCGCCAAGAUAUGGCCCACCACCAAGCGCCCGGCCAUCACGCCAGCCAACCACCCCAAGCACUCCAAGGACCCCCACAAAACAGGGCCCGAGGACACCACCGUCCUCAUCGAAACCAAACGGGACUAUUCCACCGAGCUGAGCGUCACCAUUGCUGUGGGGGCCUCCUUGCUGUUCCUCAACAUCUUGGCUUUCGCCGCCCUGUACUACAAGAAGGACAAGAGGCGCCAUGAGACGCACCGACGCCCCAGCCCCCAGAGGAACACCACCAACGACAUCGCGCACAUCCAGAACGAGGAGAUCAUGUCGCUGCAGAUGAAGCAGCUGGAGCACGACCACGAGUGCGAGUCGCUGCAGGCCCACGACACGCUGCGGCUUACCUGCCCGCCCGACUACACGCUCACCCUGCGGCGCUCCCCCGACGACAUCCCGCUCAUGACCCCUAACACCAUCACCAUGAUCCCAAACACAUUGACAGGCAUGCAGCCCUUGCACACGUUCAACACCUUCAGCGCAGGACAGAACAGUACCAAUUUACCCCACGGGCACUCCACCACCAGGGUAUAGCUCUGCCG